AAUCAAGUCUUAAUCAACAUUCCCUUUUCCACAUUAUAUAUUCUCAUUUUCUUAUCUUGUGUUUUCUUAUCUAGGCAGCUACACCACCAAAUGGAAACUUGCACACACAUUGAUGCCGAGUUACUGAAAGCGGCAGAAGAAGGCACAUUUGAACCAUUCAAAGAUUAUCCAGAAUCUCUCGAUAGCCUACUUUCCCCAAAUAAAAACACAAUAUUGCAUAUCCACCUUAGCACUCCAAGUGAAAGAUCCUCCGAGUUUAUAAAGGGGGUACUUAGCAUUUGUCCGCCGCUGUUAUGGAAGGUCAAUGUCCACGGUGAUACUCCGUUGCACAUUGCAGCAAGGUACGGGCAUGCUGAUGCUGCAAAAGAGCUAAUCGAGCAGGCAAAGGCUUAACCACGUGAUGAAAUAGAUUUAGAGAGUGGAGAAGGGCCAAGAGAGAGGUAAACUGUAGCAGUGAGGGAGAUGUUAAGGAUGAUAAAUAAAAAUAAAGAAACGGCCUUGCAUGAGGCGGCGAGAAAUAAAAGAAGUCUGGGUGUUGUGAAAGCAAUAAUGAGUAAUGAAGAUCCAAAUGAGUUUAAAUAUUCUGCCAACUAUCAUGGGGAAACUCCGCUUUACCUAGCUGUUAAAAAUAGAAAUAUGGAGAUAGCUUUUGUACUAUUAAUUCAUCCCGAUUCAGAAUGCCUGGCUUAUGGCGGUCCCAAUGGUAAAACGGCAUUACAUGAGGCAACAGUGCUGGACUUCGAAGAUGACGACUUCACAAAUAAAACAGUGCCGGACUUCGAAGAUGACGACUUGACAAUUAAAGGGCUGAGGGAGCAACUGUGGCAGAAAUCCUCAUCGGGCAUAAAAAAUGACAAAGAUGAUGCUCAAUCACAAAUUGGGCCGAAGGAGCAACUAUGGAAGAAAUUCAAAUCCUCAUUGUGCAUAAAAAAUAACAAAGAUGACGCUCAAUCACAAAUUGGGUCGAAGGAGCAAUUAUGGAAGAAAUUCAAAUCCUCAUUGUGCAUAAAAAAUGACAAAGAUGACGCUCAAUCACAAAUUGGGCCGAAUUCAGAGCCGAAGGAGCAACUAUGGAAGAAAUUCAAAUCCUCAUUGGGCAAAGAAAAUGACAAAGAUGACGCUCAAUCACAAAUUGAACAUCUUAUACAAUUCAUGCUAAUUUAUGAAAUGAGAAAGUUGACCAAAGAAAUAGAUGAAAAAGGAUGGACUCCACUUCACUAUGCUGUGUACACAAGAAAACGGUUAGCGGUCAAGUUCCUAUUAGACAUUGAUAUAUCUAGCGCCUAUAUUGCUGAUAAAGAUUGGAAGAGGACUGCUCUUCACAUUGCAGCCUGUCGAGGCUUCCAAUAUGGAAUGGAAGAAAUCAUUUCUGUAUGUCCAAAUAUCUGCGAAAUUACUGAUAUUAGGGGCUGGAAUGUUAUUCAUUGUGCAGUGAUCAGUAAAAAUGAUGAAGUACUAAAAGCAGUGCUCAAAAAUUCAUCAUUGAUUUAUCUUUUAAAUGAGAAAGAUGUUAAAGGAAAUACGCCUGUCCAUUUAUAUAAGGCUUGUCAUCCUCGUUUGCCUUCUUUCAUACAACAUGGAGAUACUGAUAUGUUCAAGCAUUGGAGAACAUUGCACAAGCAAAUUCAAAAUGAAAGAGACUUUCCGUUAAAAAAGAAUGAAAUUUUAGCGUGGAUGAAAGAUCUUGGCACUGGACCAUUGGGGAAAAUUGAAAUGCAGAACAUAGAAGGGUCAAAGACAAAAGAAAAUAUGAUACUUAAAUUUGAAAAAGUUAAAGACUCUCAUUUGGUAGCUGCAGCACUUAUAGCAACAGUAACGUUUGCAGCAAUGUUCACCGUACCUGGAGGUUAUGUAAGUGAUGAAAACAAUUUAAAGAAGGGGACUCCUAUCUUAAGUGGAAAUUCGGCUUUUACAGCAUUUAUGAUAUCAGACACUAUAGCUAUGGUUUUAUCUACUUCUUGUGUCUUCAUCCACUUUAUACUGGUGAUGUUAGGAUAUCUGGAAAGAUACUAUUGGUUAAUAAGAUGUGCCUUCAGCUUCCUCUUCUACGCUAUGUUAGCAAUGGUGAUUACAUUUGUGACAGGCGCUUAUGCAGUUCUAGCACCUUCCAUUGGAUAUGGCAUUUGUGUCAUUGGAUUGAGCUUCUCCUACUUCAUAUUUUAUUCGAUCAUGAGGGUAACAUGGAGUUUAUUUCUUUCGGCGGAUGAUGAUGAAGAAGAAGUUAAUCAGUAUAAACAUCAAAUAAAAACUUUCUCGUGGCUGACUGGUGGAAUUUUUUGGUUGGGUUUCUUGUUCAUUGCCCUUUAUUUGAAGCUUCAACGUAUGUGUAAAAAGUUUAGCAAGUGGCGGAAGGAGCAAGUCAACCGAUUCAUCAGGUAUUAUUAGAUGCCAGGAAAAAGAGACACGUACUUGCUAUUAUCCCAUGGGAUGUAAAUAGCGUCUCCCUUCAUAUGGAUGUGUUUAAUUUAACUGACUUUUUUACAUUUUUACUUUAAAAACAUUUAGAAGGAAUAAAUGUUCAUUAUUAGGGUAAUUUCUUAUGACACUAAAGACACAUAUACUCGUUAUUAGCUUAAUAGCAUAUGUGUGGCGUGUUAUAUCUUUUUAUUUUAAUUCAUGUAUAUAUUUACUAAG